GAGUGAUGGCCGAGCACUCGCGGACGUGGGAGACGGCCCAUAAAUAAAAUCAUGUCGUCGCUGUCUGCACACUGAUGCCUCGAAAGGCAGGAGAGGACAUUACUUUCAAAUUAGGAGGAGAACACUGUCCUCACUCUGCUACAGGUCAGACCCUGCACUGAAAGCGUGUUGUCGUGGGAGAUGGUGUUAGCAUCCUCCCCGCCCGAGGCCCAUCUCUAUAGAACUUUCUGAACGUACAGAGUGAACGGUAAAUUAACAGAAGUGUAACACCCAGUGCGUUUCCCACAGGAAGAAAGCGUGUUUGUGGCUCAGCAUCCGCACCACGAUCAGGGUCGCUGUGCAGCAGGUCCUCCACCGUCGAGAUGCCCGCACUGUGGCUGGUGAGGGGCAGGUGUGGCCUCACCUCCCUUGGUACUGUCAGUGCUGGGCGAAGCCUUUGUGGUUUCCGUGCCUCGUGUCUGCUUUGAGGCUGCCCGUGAAGUCAUCUGCGUGCCAGCAUGGCGGCUGCGAACCUGGAGAACCAGCUGCACAGUGCACAGAAGAACCUCCUGUUCCUGCAGCGGGAACACGCGGGCACACUGAAGGGCCUGCACGCCGAGAUCCGGCGGCUGCAGCAGCACUGCACAGAUUUAACGUACGAGCUGACCCUCAAAAGUUCAGAGCAGACAGGAGAUGGACCCUCUAGGAGCAGCGAGCUGCAGAGGCGAUGCGAGGAACUGGAGGCUCAGCUGAGAGCGAAGGAGCAGGAGCACGAGGAGCUGCUGUGUGAGCUGGAGCGGAAGAACGCGGCGAUUGCAGUGCUGGAGAACACCGUCAGGGAGCGGGAGAAGCGGUACCUGGAGGAGCUGAAGGUGAAGAGCCACAAGCUGAGCGUGCUGUCGAGUGAGCUGGAGCAGCGGGCCGGCACCAUCGCCUACCUGACCUCCCAGCUGCAUGCCACCAAGAGGAAGCUCCUCGGCUCCAGUGGAACCUCAGAUGGCAGCCCGGGGAGCCCCGUGAUGGCUGGCUACAAGCCCGCCCCCCCCAGGGACAAGCUGCCGGAGACGCCCCGCCGCCGCAUGAAAAAGAGCCUCUCGGCCCCCCUGCACCCCGAAUUUGACGAGGUCUACAGAUUUGGGGCUGAGGGCCGGAAACUACUUUUGCGGGAACCGGUGGAUGCCAUGCCUGACCCCACCCCGUUCCUGCUGGCCAGGGAGUCGGCCGAGGUCCACCUCAUCAAGGAGAGGCCCCUGGUCAUCCCCCCCAUCGCUUCUGAUCGCAGCUCUAGUGAGCAGCCAGGCCCAGCCCAUGAGAAGCAGCACAAGGUCCAUGUGGGCGUGGCCCACCGCAUCCACCACGUCACCCCGCCCCAGGCCCAGCCUGAGGUGGAGACGCUGGCGGUGGACCAGGUGAAGGGCGGCAAAGUCGUCAGGAAGAACUCAGGGACGGACAGAACUGUGUGAGCCUGCGGGCGCCCCGCCCUCAGCUGUCCACGCACUGUGACCACCACCAGGAAGACUCAUCCAUCUGCCUUUUUUUUUUUAAGUUUCCAUGCAUGCCAAGUGUUUUCAAACCUGUCGACAGAUUAUUCCCUCCCCCUCCACUUGCUGUUUUACUGACACCAAAAUGUGACCUUGUCCCGCUGCAGAUACCUGUUUACUAACUGCUGUGGCCAAACGCUUGUGCGAAUGGCUUGCUUCUUACCCUGCCCCACGAGGGCCGCAGGCUGCACCGCUGAUCAGCGUUAAUAAGGUCAGAUAGCCACGCUCAUUACCAGGGUGGAGCCACACGUAUUCCCAGGCACCUUGCUCCCUCCUGAGACCCCAUGACCUCCUGACACAUCUUCCCCAGGGCAGUGCCGGACAAGCAGGUGUAUGUGUAUGUCACAGGAGCUAAAUAAGAUGAUGUUACUUCUCAUAUCACCACAACCUGAAUGUGUGUUCAUAUUUUUUGUUUUAUCCAAAAUGUUCAAGAUCCCAACAAACUUUAUUUUCUAAACCUGC